AUUUUACCUUUAACGUAGAAAUCAAUUUUUUUUCUUUCAUUUACCCAAGCAAGUAUCCUAGCAAAUAGAUAAGAUUAUUCCUGAUCGCUCUCAGGUAUCUCUCUUCGAAGAAUAUUCGAAGUUUUAUCUUCAAAAUCCAUAUCUCAAUUUUUUCGUUGACUACGACUUUAGUGAAUUUAAACAGAAAUUAAGAUUGGAUUAAAUCGGAUCACAAUGAAGAUUUUAACACAUUUCUUGUUUGUUUGUGCGUUUACUUUUACAAACACAUUAAUUGGGACAAAUGCUGUCCAAAGAAUAAAAUUCGUCGAUGACCUUUGCUUCUUGAAGAAGUCUGUUACAAUUGAUUUGAGAUAUGAAAAUACCGGAAUCCUCAUGAGUGUGCCGCGGCACACCAGAGGUGAUUCUAUCAGCUGUAGAAUGAGACUUCUUGCACAUAAGGAGAGUUCAGUUGUCUUGAGUCUAUAUCGAUACGACAUUCCUUCACAAGAUCAGUUAACAAUUCAAGACAGUGAUAAACAUACUGUUGCACUGAUUGGCUCAGCAUUAUUCAAAGAUGAAAAAAAGUCGAUUAUUUCAGCAGGGGAAAUGGUGAUAAAUUACGAAAGAAACAACAGCUCUUUGACAUCUGGAUUUCAAUUUACAUUUACUCAAGUGCAUGAAAGUCCUUGCAUGUCUAAUGAAUUUCCAUGUAAAAAUGGCAAGUGCAUUUUAAAAGAACUUGCGUGCAAUGGUCAUAAUCACUGCGGCGAUAACAGCGACAACCUAAACUGUGUGCCAGAGACUAACAGCGAUUUCAAUCAGGGCAGCCCAAGGUCUAAUUAUUCAGUUGUGUGGCUAAUUUCCUUAUCAGCGGUCGCUUUAGUUCUAUUCAUCAUGACAGUCACUUUAAUAGCAGUCAUAAUACGCAGUUCCAGAAGAUCAAAAUCCGACAACACAGCAGAUGACAGCCCUUCCAGCCCCCCAAUGCCAUUACAAUCAGUCUCUUCAACUGUACCAGCAAGAGUUGCCCAACUUCCAACAGCAGAUGACCGACAAAACUCAGCCAAUUCUGCAGAAACCCUUUACAACAGAGUUCGUCGCUCAUUUCGAAGAAACAAAGACACCAAGGUGGAAGAGGUCCCAACACACAGAGAAAUACACGAAGUGCCCUCCAUGUACCCAGAUUUAGACCAAUUACCUACUGCACCAGAACUCGGUGGAGCGGAUAAUCGGGGAUACCAAAACGAGGAAUAGAUAGGUAAAAAAUCGUAAUUUGUAGCGGAAGUUUAAAUAGUGUGGCAGAAUAUUAUUCAUUUAUUGUAAAUGUUAAUGAUGCUCUAGUUUUUAUAUUCCGUCAUUGUUAAUAAAUUAGAUUUUGAUAUUAAAA